AUGUACAGAUUCUGGAGGAGUCCAUCCAUAGGGCGGGCGGCUAAAAAUAUGGAGGUUGCUCUUGGCGUCUCCUACGAUUCCACUUCCCCAGCUCAUGAUGUUGUUGCAGUUCCACACGACUUGGAGAUGGGUAUUGGCGGAGUUUAUGCGUCAGAUGAUCGCUGGAGCUCUUGGUGGGUGCGUGCUUUUUCCACGUGGACGUUGAUGUUGACAAGGAGGAACAUAGCAAGUGAUCAAGCAUCUGUGCAUGAUCACCAUCCAGAAGCAGAAGCAGAAGCAGCAGACGUAGUACCUGCAACAACUUCAACUUCUGGAGGCUUUGCGAUUGGAUUCGACGAACUCAUUCAAAUAGUCAGAGAUCGCAAUCUUCAAUAUCUGAAUCAGAAUAAUGGGGUUCGAGGAUUGUCAACUCAGCUGAAGACUGACCUGGAAAAGGGCAUAGAUCGGCGCGACGAUGAGAUACUGCAACGUCGGGAAGCAUUUGGGUCAAACAUGUGUCCUUGCAAAAUCGGAAAGAGUUUCUGGAGCUUUAUCUGGAAAGCUAGCCAAUUUCCUCCUUCUCUAUUUAUGAUGCUUGCCACUGUAAUAAAUUCGCUGCUGCGAAUAAAGAAAAAGGCUAUCCACGAUGGAUGGUAUGUAGAAGCUUGCAUCAUUUUGGCCACUGUCCUUGACAUUAUCGUGAGAGCUAUCACCGAGUACAAGCAGUCUCGUCAGUCUGCAAAAUUCAGUGAGGAGAAGAGAAGCGUGCACCUGGAGGUAAUUAGAGGUGGCAGAAGAGUCUCGGUUUCUACUUAUGAUAUUGUUGUGGGCGAUAUUGUUCCCCUCAAGAAUGGUUGUCAGGUACCUGCAGAUGGUGUCCUGUUUGUUGAAAAUUCAUUGAAGAUUGACGAGCAAGAAAUAACUGGCUCACACAGAAUUGUUCGAAAAGAUCUUCUAAAGGACCCAUUCCUAUUAUCUGGCUCAAAAGUGAUAGAGGGCAUAGGUACAAUGCUGGUUACAAGUGUGGGAAUAAACACUAUAUUGGGGUCGAAGAUGGAGAUUCCACAUGAGACUGAUGAAGAAAAGCCCUUUCAGGUAUACUUGAAAUGGCUUGCAAUUCUGCUAGCUGGUCAGUCGUUUGUUCGCUUCAAUGCCUGUAUUGUUCAUUAUGCCGGAACUCCAUCUUAUGAGUCCAUUGCCUUAUGUUCUGAAUUCGUUUUCUAA